CGCAUUUCGUAUUGCCCGUGGUCCACAAGUUUGCACUUGCAUUCGAAUAUUUUCUGUCUGCUGGCAUCUUCGCCAUAUAUCUUCAGCGAAAUGAGUGAAGAUGAGCAAGCUGGUUCUGAUCACGAUUCGAAUGGCGUUGAAGAAGGGGAAACUGGAAAUUCUGUUGCAGAUGAGAACCCGCUGAAACGUGAAGCAUCUAAUGAUUCAGAUAGGUCACCGUCUCCACCAAAGAAGAAAUCCAAAGCUGACCGCAGCGGAAGUGAUUCGGAUAAAACGCAUAAGGAACACAAUGAUGAAGCUGAAGAAGCUGAAGCUCCCAAGGCUGAGAAAGAUGCAGAGAAGCACGAAGCCAAGAAGAAGAAGUCGAAGUCAGAAAAGUCGGAGGAUAGCAAAGAAGAGGAGAAGAAAGCCAAGUCUGGAAAGGAAAGGGAACGGAGAGAUGAUGAGAAGAAAUCAAGGUCUGGAAAAGAGAAAGAUAGGGGAGAUAACGAAGACAGGGUGUCGAAAUCGGACAAGGAUAAAGAAAAGCGAGAUGACGAAGACAAGAAGUCUAAAUCAGACAAGGAUAAAGAAAAGCGAGAAGACGAAGACAAAAAGACCAAAUCAGACAAGGAUAAAGAAAAGCGAGAUGACGAUGACAAAAAGUCUAGAUCAGACAGGGACAAAGACCGAGAAAGGAAACGUGAGAAAGAUAGAAGGUCGAGAAGAGAUAAAUCAAGAUCACGUUCUAGAUCACCAGAUGCAAAACGGAAACGGAGUGAGAAAGACAAAGGUAGGAGUAGGAGGAAAGAUGAUAAAGAAGACGACCACAAAGAGAAGUCUAGGAAAGACAAAGAAGCUGCCAAUGAUAACGGCUCCAGAAAUGAUGGCCUUGAAGAAGGAGAGGUUGUGGAACCCGCACAUGAACCUACGGCAAGAGAGCUGGAAAGACUGCGACUCAUUGAACAACUGGCCAAAGAAGACGCUGAAUUAGAUGGACCAUCUUCAUCGGUGCAAAAUCAUGAUCAAGCCCAUGAUUCUAGGGCUUGCCCUUAUCUCGACACUAUAGAUAGAAAAGUGUUAGACUUUGAUUUCGAGAAGCUUUGUUCGGUGUCUCUAUCGCAUCUCAACGUAUACGCUUGUAUGGUGUGUGGAAAAUAUUUCCAGGGUCGCGGUACCAAUACACAUGCGUACACGCACUCGUUAGACACCGACCAUCGCGUUUUUCUCAACCUCCAUACUCUCAAGUUUUAUUGUCUGCCUGAUAAUUAUGAAGUGGACGAUCCAUCUUUGGAAGAUAUCAAGUAUGUGCUGAAGCCGACAUAUACUAAGGAACUGAUAUCUUCCCUGGAUCGGCAACACAGAAUGGCAAGAGCGUACGAUGACUCUACUUAUUUCCCAGGAGUGGUUGGGCUUAAUAAUAUCAAAGCUAACGACUACUGCAAUGUAGUUCUUCAUGCAUUGUCACAUGUCACCCCCUUACGUGAUUAUUUCCUCCGAGAGGAAAACUAUGAAAACAUUAAAAGACCUCCUGGUGACAAGCUCAGUCUCCUGCCAAAAAGAUUUGGAGAGCUGAUCAGGAAGCUGUGGAAUCCGAAAGCAUUCCGAACUCAUGUUUCACCUCAUGAAAUGCUUCAGGCCACGGUACUUUGUUCCGACAAAAAGUUCCAGUUCAUCAAACAAGGAGAUGCUGCUGAGUUCAUGAGCUUUCUCCUAAACACAUUGCACAUCGCUUUGAAUGGAACACAGAAAUCAUCUUCCUCGAUUAUCUACAAAAUAUUUCGUGGUCGCAUGCGGCAGUAUUCGAGAAGAGUUAUUCCUGCUGAGGCAACAGAUUAUGAACGAAUGCGGCUUCUCCAGCAGCCAGAAUAUAACGAAAGCGCAAAGGAAUUGCCCUUCCUCUAUCUCGCACUGGACCUUCCCCCUGCUCCAUUAUACCGUGAUGAACAGAUGCAGAAUAUUAUUCCGCAAGUUCCCUUGUCGGUCUUACUCCAAAAAUUCAAUGGGAUGACCGAAAAGGAAUACAAAACAUACAAUGAGAAUAUCAUGAAGAGAUUUGAACUGCUCCGGUUACCCGAAUAUCUUAUUAUCACCUACAAGAGAUUCCAUAAAAAUCAGUGGUUUGUUGAGAAGAACCCAACCAUUGUCAAUUUUCCAAUCAGCAAUGUCGAUCUAUAUGAUUGCUUGUCACAAGACACUAAGCAAGAUCACAAGUAUACCACUUAUGACUUGGUCGCCAACAUCGUGCAUGAAGGGAAGCCAGACUCAGGGAACUAUCGUAUUCAGCUUGUUCACGUGGGCUCGCGCAAAUGGUUCGAACUUGAAGAUCUACAUGUGAAGGAAAUUUUGCCACAGAUGAUUGUACUGGCGGAAUCGUACAUACAGAUUUGGAAGCUCAAUCGCAAGAAGACUCGUGAAGAGCGUAUGAGUGAAGCGGUUGAUGACGAUACUGGAGGGUCAUGAUCAUGUUUCAAUCGGAGAUAGUUUAUUCAAUAAAAGUGAUACUUUUACAUGAUAAUUGCUAGCCCUAUUGAUUUUUUUACAUGUCAUCGUGGACAAAAUUUGUUGUUUUGUUACUGGUCUGUUGCUGAUCUUAAAUCGUGCAUUGUUAUUCUGUCAGUUCGAUACGACCCGUUUUUAGCAGUUUUAAGUAUAUAAGUUAUUACAGAAAAGUAGAUCAAAUGAUGUUGUAAUUUUGCAUGCAUCAGAAAAUAAAUGUCAAUAUGGAU